UUCGAAGGUGUAAUCAAUGAGAUGCCGCUUGCACAUCUUGGUCAACCAUUCCUGAAGGCAAGCGAUGUCACGAAUGAGUGCAUAUCUAUAGAUGACGCACCGGAUGUUGGUUGUCAAAAGGUCGAUGUUGCCGAGGUUGAAGUGAAUAUUGAAAAACUAGCCCACAAUACAGAAAAAGUCGAUCCAUCAUGUUUUGAUCUGCUUUACGUCAUUGGUCAAGGGUCUUUUGGGAAGGUAUUUCUUGUGAGGAAAAACAAUGGAAAUGAUAAAGGAACUUUGUAUGCAAUGAAAGUACUAAAGAAGGCUGUUUUGAAAGUUCGUGAUAGAUUGAGGACAAAGCUAGAAAGAGAUAUUUUAACUAGAAUUAAGCAUCCAUACAUUGUUGAUUUGCAUUAUGCUUUUCAAACUGAGGGAAAGGUGUAUCUUAUCCUGGAAUUUUUAAGGGGAGGGGAUCUUUUCUCCCGCUUGUCCAAAGAGUACAUGUUUACAGAAGACGAUGUGAAAUUCUAUUUGGCUGAAAUUGCAUUGGCUCUCAACUAUUUACAUAGUCACGGGAUAGUUUACAGAGACCUAAAACCUGAAAAUGUUCUACUGAAUGAAGAUGGUCAUGUACGUUUAACUGAUUUUGGCCUAUCAAAGGAGUCAAUUUUUGAAUCUGCUGGUGACCGAACGUAUUCAUUUUGUGGAACAGUUGAAUAUAUGGCUCCAGAAGUUGUAAGUAGACAUGGACAUGGUACCGCUGCCGAUUGGUGGAGUUUCGGAGUACUUAUGUACGAAUUACUUACUGGUAUGCUGCCUUUUCAUAGUGAGAGUAGAAAAGAUACAAUGCAAAUGAUUUUAAAAGCUAAAUUAUCAAUGCCACAGUUUCUUAGUCCUUCAGCUCAAAGUUUACUACGUGCUCUUUUCAAACGAACUCCAUCGAAUCGGCUAGGAUAUGGACCUGAUGGAUUUGAACAUUUAAAAAAUCAUGAGUUUUUCAAUACAAUCAAUUGGGAUGAUUUACUAAAUGGUUGUAUUCAACCACCAUUUAAACCUCCUUGCUCAUCAAUUAAUGACAUCCUAAAUUUCGAUUCAGAAUAUACAUCACGUACACCGCAUGACUCGCCAUGUCCACCAGCCAGUGCAUCAGCGCAUGCGUUAUUUCGUGAAUUCAGUUAUAUAGCUCCUGGAUUUUUUGCAGAGCAUAAUGAUAAUCAUAAUACCACAACUACAAAUAAUUGCAACAACCAUGUUAACCUUAAUAAAGAAGUAUUGAAUGGAACAAAUAUCACUUGUUUGAGUUCACCGAAAGAAAAAUUCAAUUAUAGUUCUCGACACGAUGAUGAUCGUGCAAAUCCAGUACAUGUUCCAGAAGAUCUUCCACCCUUAACUCCUACAGUGGCAAGACGUUUUCUUCGCUUAGUUGGCUUGUCAGGUGUAAAAUAUAAACCAUUUUCAGUCGAUUAUGUCUUAUUAGAGGAAAUCGGUAAAGGCUCUUUUUCAGUUGUACAUAAGUGCUGUCAUCGAAAUACAAAUGCUGUUUGCUCUGUUAAGAUUAUUGAUAAAUCAAAACGGGAUGCCCGUGAAGAAGUUGAAAUAUUGCUUCGACACCAUAAUCAUCCAAAUAUUGUUUCCGUUCGAGAUGUUUAUGAAAAUGAGAAUUUAGUUUAUCUUGUUAUGGAAUAUUUAAAAGGUGGUGAAUUAUUGGAUAAAAUUUUCCGAGAAAAAUUUCUUUCUGAACGUGAAGCUAGUAAUAUCACUUAUGUGAUUGCAAAUACUUUAAGUUAUUUACACAGUAAUAUGGUUGUCCAUCGUGAUCUUAAACCAUCCAAUGUAUUAUAUGCAGACGAUUCUGGUGAUGCAUCUUCCCUGAGAAUAUGUGAUUUUGGUUUUGCAAAACAAUUGAGAGCUGAAAAUGGUCUUUUAAUGACACCGUGUUAUACUGCAAAUUUUGUCGCACCAGAAGUGUUAAAAAUGCAAGGUUAUCAUGCUGCAUGUGAUGUAUGGAGUUUAGGUGUAUUAGUGUAUACAAUGUUAUUUGGACAAACACCAUUUGCAAUUAAACCAAAUGAAUCAUCUGAAGUAGUUUUAUCACGUAUAGAAUCUGGUCGAUUAGAUUUAAUCAAUAAUAAUUGGAAUAAAAUAUCUGAUUCAGCAAAAGAUUUAUUGACAAAAAUGUUAAAUCCUGAACCAUCUAAACGUUGUACAGCUAGCGCGAUCUUAUCACAUCCAUGGGUUAAAAAUCGUGAUCAACUGUCACCAGAAUUAUUGACCGACGUUUUGUUAAAUGAUGUCACUCAGACAAAAAAUUCAGUCGAAGCUACAUUUAGAGCAUUGAAUAGUACUAGUAAAAUACCAAUACUUGAACCAGUUGAAUGUUCUACAUUAGCUCAACGUCGUGUUCGUGCCAAAUCGAUUUUAACAAAUCAAAUCAAAGUAGAAGAAAGGCAUUGAAUUUUCAAUGAAUCUAUUGUAAUAAGAAUAAAAUUAGUGUUUUAUUAUUUCCUUUUUUUCUCUUUUUUUACAUAUUUAAUCUCAUUAAUAUUCCAUUUCACUCAUUCUGCAUUCUUUAUCAUUUUUUCCCACAUAUUUGAUUAUUAUCUCUGUGUUUUUUUUUAAUAAUUUUAUUUCAUUGUACAUGUAAAAUAUCUGCCACUAACAUAUUUCUGUUGUUAUAUAAAUACAUAAUUCAAUUAGAAACUGUAAAUUUGAUAUGAGAACAUUUCUUUUUUCCCGCUCGAAAUGUUCAAUUAUAUAUUUUUUGUUGUUGUUUGUUAACGACAUUGUAUCUAAAUAAUUUACAUUGAUAUGCUUGUAAAAUGUAGACUAUAUUGUUACAUAUUUUAUACAGAACAUCCUUUAUUCACUAUCAACGUAUCAACUUUUAAUUCAUAAAAUGAUAUCAAUGAGUUUACCUGUAUAAAAAUAAACACGUUUCGCUCAUAAUAGCCUUAUCAUUUAGAAUUUUGUUAUUACUAUUAUUAUUACCAAUGAUAUGAUUGUGAUAUAUAUGUAUACCUUAACUGUCGUCUUUUAUUCAAAUUACACAAUGACAAUAAAUGGUUUUGUUUGUUUUUUAUUUCUUGAUUAUGAAUGUGUGAAAUUUAUGGUAAUGUUGUAUACGUUAGAGUUAGAUAGUUUAUUUGUACAAUUUUCAUUAUCAUUCUGAAUAAUAUCGUUAGGAUCUACUCAGUAUAGAAGUCAUUAAGUUAUUAUAAUUGGAAAUUUCAUUUCUAUAUGAAGAAGACGCUAAUGAUGUUGUCUAGAACUAUAUUGGAAGCUCUGCAAACAAAAUAUCUAAUUUAAAUAACCACACAAUAUCAUAGGUGUUCAUCCACCGUUGUUGCAAGGUUUCUCUAUAAUUUCAAAAUGUAAGCGUUACUAUGUUUAUACUUUCGUUGUCUAGUCAUAUGAAAAGAGAGAAGGCAGUGUUUUUUUUUCUUUUUUUUAUUCUGCAAAGUGAUGUUUCCUUUUUCUUUAAUUUGACAUAUUUCAUUGUUUUAAAAAGGAGUUUCUCAGUAAAAUCAUGGGCAUUGUCACAUAGCAUUUAUCCAUUAUGAUUUAGUAAUUUUAAAAAAAUCGCAGGUAAUUGUUAGUAGUAACGUCUCUGAUUGUGAAGCUCAAUGACUCGGAGUCAUAUCCUUCAGAAAGCAUCAGUUCCCUCAAGAUUUCAAGCACACUUGGCUGACGAAAGCCACUUAGCUCAAAUAUAUUGGUUCAGAGUUUCCUUUCGACUAAUUACAUCCACUUAACAUUUUACAUAUUAAUACAUGUAAAUAGAUAUGAACACACGAGGAAUACAUUAUUCUCUAUGAUACAAGUUUAUGAUAUCGUAUAGAUAAAUGUUGAUUGACUACUGUAUAAUUUUUUAGAAAUCAAAAUAUUAAACCGCGGGCUUUUUAAUUAUUAUGUAUGGAGAUCAGUUGAAAUCGGGACAUAUAUGUAUGCUGACGUUUUGCAUUAAACAAAUGAAUCAUUUAUUCAAUUUAAUAUGUUUUAACUUCAACUAAAUUUACAAACACAUAACCAAAUUAUUAACUAUUAUUUUUGUUUUGUUUUGCGUAGGUUUCAUAUGAUCUUUUAUUUUUUUAUUAUUAUUAUACACAA